AUGAGCGCGAUGCCAAACUUGAGCAAUAUGUGGCCGCGCCUUAAUCUCUUCUUCUUUCAGUCACUUCAGCUCCCAUUCGCCCUCCCGGCGAUAUUGGCAUAUGUUCUCCUGCGAUAUAUUUAUAGGAAGUAUUUUUACCCUAAGUUCUUUACUCCUCUCAAACCAAUUCCACUUGCAACUCCAACUCCUCCAAAGAAUGGCAAAGAAGAGGCUACUAGCACCCGGAAAGGAGUAGCUGCACUACGCCAUGCCGCUGCAACAAUACCAAAUAAUGGUCUCCUUCGAUUCUAUCGCGAAAAUGAUCACAGUGAACAAGUUCUCGUAACUGGCAUCAAGGCAUUGAAUGAGAUUCUUGUUCUGAAUGCGUCUUCAUUUGGCAAGCCGGAAUCUGUACGUCGAAGAUUAUACUCUUUCGCUGGAAAUGGGUUGCUUUUGGCGGAGGGCGAGACACACAAGGUUCAACGUAAAGGUCUAAUGCCGGCAUUUUCGUUCCGGCAUAUCAAAGACCUCUACCCAAUCUUCUGGUCAAAGUCGAGAGAUCUGGUGAAAGUACUUGAAAAAGAAAUCUCAGGCGACGCAUCUUCGAAAUCGGAUGUUAUUGUCAUGAGAACAUGGGCGACUCGAACAACACUUGAUAUUCUUGGCCUUGCCGGAAUGGAUCAUGACUUUCGCUUUCUCGACGAUCCGAAUAACCUCCUUAUUCAGCAAUAUGAGAAGACUCAGAUUCCGUACUCUCGCACAGAAAUCUUGAUUGGCUUUGUCUUGUCUCUGUUCACCUCUAAUUAUGAGGCAAUACUCCCUCUAAUUCCAAUUGGACGUGUUCGUCUAUUGCAAGAAGGGGCAAAAUAUAUUCGGCAAGUCUGUCGCGAACUGAUCCAAGAAAAAUGGAACAAAAUGAGCAAUGCCGAGUCACAAUCAGGGGUAGAUAUAAUCUCCGCUGCGCUGAAAAGUGAUGUGUUCACGACUGAGAAUCUCGUCGAUCAUAUGAUGACAUUCCUGGCUGCCGGGCAUGCAACGACCAGCCAUGCUCUACAGUGGUCUGUUUACGCUCUUUGCAAGCAUCAAGAUAUGCAGCAACGUCUGCGGGAAGAAGUGCGGAAUCAUCUCCCUUCAAUUAGUGAUCCGGAAUCCACAGUAACGGCAAAUGAUGUAGAUAGUCUCUCAUAUCUUCACGCAUUCUGCAACGAAGUCCUCCGCUUUUACCCUUCUAUUCCUGCUACGGUCCGUGAAGCAAUGUGCGACACUACAAUCGCAGGGUAUCGCAUCCCGAAAGGCACGGGAUUUCUCAUCCCGAUAGGGCUGGUCAACCACGACCCAGAGUUAUGGGGACCAACUGCCUCAACUUUUGACCCGGAUCGCUGGCUAGGCGAGGGACGAGGAAAUUCCGGAGGAGUAAAGAAUCAUCUUGGGUUUCUCACUUUUUUACAUGGUCCUAGGAGUUGUAUUGGUUCCGGGUUUGCGAAGGCCGAAUUGGCGUGCCUGGUUGCUGCGAUUGUGGGUAGGUUUCAAAUGGAGCUUGAAGAUCCAACUAGGAAAUUCGAGUUGAGCUCAGUUGGAAUUGGGACAUCUCCGAAGGAUGGAGUCCGCACGAGGUUAAAGAUCUUGAAUGGGUGGUGA